AUGGCAGCAGUGGUCUCUGACCAGCUCAGCCUCUCAGUGAUCUGGAGGCUGAGGAACCUGAAGGUGGUUGUGGAAUGGAGCCGAGACCAGUAUCACGUCCUGUUUGACUCGUAUCGAGACAAUGUGGCGGGCAAGUCCUUCCAGAACCGGUUAUGUCUGCCGAUGCCGAUCGACGUGGUGUACACCUGGGUGAACGGCACAGACGCCAGUUUGAUCCGGGAGCUGGGCGCAGUGAGGGAGAGGAUGGAGGAGGAGCAGAGAGUGCUGAGGGAACACCUUGGAAGGAAUACUAGCAACACAACUGAAGUGCCAAAGGCCAGCGAGAAGCCCGAAUGUCUGCUGUCCCACUGUAUCAACGCGCCCAUUCUGGUGCUGGACCCUGCCCUGCCCAGCAACGUCUCCCUGAAGGACCUGGCUGCCGUCUCUCCCUCCCUGCACUCCGCCACGCAGAUCCUGCACGUGGCCAAGCCCAAGAACCCCUCCACCAGCGUCACGGUGCUCAUGUUCGACUCCCAGGGCGAAGCAAAUGAAGCUCAUGCAGCGAUGCUGAACGAGGGCCUGCAGAACUCCAUCUCAAGGGCAUAUCUGACUACGGAUAAGGAGGCACCGGGGCUGGUGCUCAUGCAGGGCCUGGCGUAUCUCAGCGGCUUUCCUGCCUCCUUCAAGGAGACGGAGCAGCUGAGAGUCAAGCUGCCGCAGGUGGUCACCAGUAAGAUCAAGCAGCUACAGCUAUAUUCCGAAGCCAGCAUCGCCCUUCUCCAUUUGAACAGUCCGAAGGAUUUCUCGGAGCUGACUCAGCAAGCCAGGAAGAACUUGACCGUAGAUGGGAAGGAGCUCACGGUCAGUCUGGCAUACCUGUUCUGGGAUCUCAGCAUCAUCAGCCAGUCCAAGCAAGAUGAGGACGUGUCAGCCAGUCGCUUUGAGGACAACGAGGAGCUGCGCUACUCCCUGAGGUCUGUGGAGAAGCACGCCCCCUGGGUCCGGCACAUCUUCAUCGUGACCAACGGGCAGAUCCCCUCCUGGCUGAACCUGGACAAUCCCAGAGUGACCAUUGUGACACAUAAGGAGAUUUUCCUCAACGACAGCCACUUGCCCACCUUCAGCUCCCCUGCUAUCGAAAGUCACAUCCACCGGAUCCCGGGGCUGUCGCAGAAGUUCGUCUACCUGAACGACGACGUCAUGUUUGGAAAGGACGUGUGGCCGGACGACUUCUACAGUCACUCCAAGGGACAGAAAGUAUACUUGGAUCAGCCAGCUGCUAACUAAUAAGAUGGGCGAGAUGGGCAGAUCGGCUUCCUUUGCUUGUCCACCCUGAAUUGGUGUUUGUGCUGUGUGGUCUCCGCAGGGGCGACGGGGAGCAGUCGGUUUGGAGCAGCAGGGGGCGGAGCGGGGGCGGCGGGCGGCCACGGGCAGGCCUGGAACUUUGCGGGUGGCUUAGGGGGCAUCGGCGGCGUCUCCUACUGCAAUCAGGGCUGCGCCAACUCCUGGCUAGCAGAUAAGUUUUGUGACCAGGCCUGCAACGUGCUGUCCUGCGGCUUCGAUGUUGGCGACUGUGGGCAAGAUCACUUCGGCCAGCUGUACAAAGUAACCCUGCUGCGGAACAAGACCCACUACUCCAUUCCGCAGGGGGAGACCAAGCCUUACUUCAGCUUCGAGGGGAUCGCCAAGAGAAUCUCCGAGGCCUUCGUCAGCGACGACCCCAUCGUGCGUCACACGUCCGUGGCCAACAAGUGGAAGACCAUGCAUCUGCUCCUGCACGGCGGCAUGAACGCCACCACCAUCCAGUACAACUUCACCUUCCAGGGCGAGGGUGACCAGGAAUUCAAAAUGACCAUCACAGUGGACGUGGACACCCGGGAGGUCCAGAAGUCCAAUGUGACCCAGGCUCAGAAGGAUGAUGGGAGGGACGUCAAAGCCACUGCUUCCCCGCUGGAGCCAGAGGUCUCUUUUGAAGACGUGCCCACAGACAAGCAAGGGCCUAGAAUUCACAGAAGGCCCCCGGCGGACACCGAGGAUGCCAUUGAGGUGCCAGUGCUGGAUGCGUCCUUACUGCCUGCUGAUGUGCAGAGUGAGCUGCAGAAGCUAGAGGAAAAGCUGGAGAAAGGAGAUCUCACUCUUAAAGGCUAUAACCUCACCAAAGCUGCUCUCCUGGAGCCCUUUAGGGUAUCGGCCUGGGCCAGAGGACGCGAUCAAAGUCAUAAUGGCAGCAACGUUGGGAAACCAGUGCAGGUGAAGUCCCAGGAAGGUGUGGAUCCCCACAGACCUUACAGAGACUUUGGAGGUGAACAUUCGGAGAAGGAGAAGGAGAAGGUGCCGCCCCAUCUACCAGCUCCAGAGCGCAAGACCCAGCUGACCUCUCCUCCCGUCCGAGUUCAGAUGGAUGAUCAGCCGCUCCGUGAGGCGGAUCAGAACCGGCCUCGAGCCGGGGCUCUGCCAGCUGCAGCCCAAGACCUGGCCCCCUCCCGGAUACUGAGUUCCCUGGUGGGAGGUGUCCCAAGGGCGAAGGAUCCGGAAGAAACGCAGAUGGAGAAGGCGAGCCCCAGAGAGAGGGACCCGGAAAGGGAGCUGCACGGGGGGGUUCCUCUGGGCCGGAGACUCCAGCAGUACUCGGUCAGCGGCAGGGGCUUCCUCCCCUGGGAGAAGAGGAAAUAUUUCCAGGACCUCUUGGAAGAAGAAGAGAGGCUGAGGAAGGAGCUGGAUUAUCAAACGGACGUGAGAGCUGUUGGCAGGAAGCUGCGAGACACGUUCGCGGACUCCCUGCGCUACGUGAACAGGCUCCUGAACGGCCAGUUCGGCUUCACGUCGCGGAAGGUCCCCGCCCACAUGCCACACAUGAUCGACCGGCUCGUCAUGCAGGAGCUGCAGGACAUGUUUCCCAAAGAGUUUGACAAGACUUCGUCCCACAAGGUGCGGCACUCCCAGGACAUGCAGUUCGCCUUCUCCUACUUCUACUACCUGAUGAGCGCGGUGCAGCAGCUCAACAUCUCCCGCGUCUUCGACGAAGUGGACACGGACAGCUCCGGGGUGCUGUCGGACCGGGAGAUCCGCACGCUGGCCACCAGGAUCCACGAGCUCCCGCUCAGCCUUCAGGAUUUAACAGGACUGGAGCAGACGCUGAUAAACUGUUCAAAGUCGCUGCCCUUGAAUGUCACCCACAUCGACACGAUCAACCCCACGCAAGAGGCAUAUUAUGAUCCCAGCAUGCCUCCCGUGACCAAAGAUUUGGUCAUCAACUGCAAGCCGAUCACAGACCGUAUCCACAAGGCCUACAGAGAACAGAACAAAUACAAGUUUGAAAUCAUGGGCGAAGAUGAAAUUGCCUUCAAAAUGGUGAGAACGAAUGUGUCGCAUGUGGUUGGCCAGCUGGAUGAUAUCAGGAAAAACCCCAGGAAGUUCGUCUGCCUGAACGACAACAUCGACCACGGCCACAAGGACGCCCCCACGGUGAAGGCGGUCCUGCGGGACUUCUACGAGUCGAUGUUCCCCGUCCCCUCCCAGUUCGAGCUGCCGCGAGAGUACCGCAACCGCUUCCUGCACAUGCGCGAGCUGCGUGAAUGGAGAGUGUACAGAGAUAAGCUGAAGUUUUGGACUCACUGUGUUCUGGUGACCCUAGUUGUGUUCACAGUUAUCUCAUUUUUUGCAGAACAGCUGAUCGUACUGAAGCGCAAGCUGCUGCCCAGACGGAGGACCAAGGAUCUCAAUCCUGAGCGGGUGUAGGGUGCGCCCGUCCCGUCUACCUUCAACCCCCCUGAGGUGUGCCAGCGGGACAUGGCUCCCCCAGAGCGGACAAGGAGAAGUAGCGUCCUGAAGGGCUGCCGGUUCGAAGUGCGUCUCGCUGUGGCACCUCGCACCCCCCCCGGCGAGGACUCUCCGACGCUCCCUCCCUUGAUUGGCAGUGCCUGCCGGCUCCGCUGGUGUGGGUUGGGAUGGCUGACAUUUCAUCCAGCUCCGAGAGGGGGGGGGUCUGCUCUGAGCAGAGGCAGCUGGAGUGAAAGCAGGGAGCUGCCAAGGGGUCAUAACUCUGGAAACUCGAGCCCCCCUGGGGGGUUAGUCCGUGGACAGGCUGUUCCCCGCCAUUUCUCUCAAGCCAGCAGGGCUUUUGAAUCGCUGCUUUGAAAUCGGGCUCCCUGGAUGAAUGCAAUUUUAAAACCUAAUCUCGGCGCGUUUCAGUAAAUUGGGCUACGACGGAAGGUUUACAGCGCUGAUGAAGUUAAAUGGCCAUGUUCAUAAUUAGAAGCCGUUAACAGCGAUGUCAUCCCGUCCAGUGUGCGUGUUUUCAGCGUGCAGGCGGGGGGCAGCGUUAGAGGUUUCCGUGCUUUGCUCGCGUGUCCGUCUACACAAGAAGUGCCUGUUCUGCAGUGGUCGAACCCACUGGAAGUGCUUUGGAGCAGUGUGGGUGCUGUCAUUGUCAUCUGGGCAGGGGGUUUAGGUCUCUACACGUGCGGUAGUAUUAGCUGGUCCGUUUGUCGCAGAGCACUCAAGGACUACAAAUGGUAGGGUUGGGAACUAUGAUCGAUGUUUUGUACAGAAGAGAUUUUUAAAAAUUGUACUUGAAGACUUUUACAAUACCUCCACAUCAGCCAAGACGGUUUCCCUUAAAUGUGCAUAGUGUACGUUUUUGUACAGUUAACUUUAUGGAACAAGGCUUAAGGAGACAUUUUGAAGAUGUAAAUGGCUUUUCUUUUAAGUUAAUUUCCUGAUAAAAAAAAAGGACUAUCCUUCCAGCUUACAGCAACUUCAAGUUUUGAAUCCUAUUUUAUUUUAUAGGCCAGGCAGAACUGAUUUGGAAUUGCUUGGAUGAAAGAGAUGGGUGAUCAUAAAAAAUAAAUGUGAAUUUUCAUU